CCCCCGCCCCGCCCCGGCCCCACCAUGACCGGCUCCGCGGCCGACACUCACCGCUGCCCACACCCCAAAGGCGCCAAAGGCACCCGGUCCCGGAGCAGCCACGCGCGGCCCGUGAGCCUCGCCACCAGUGGGGGCUCGGAGGAGGAGGACAAAGACGGCGGGGUGCUGUUUCACGUUAACAAGAGCGGCUUCCCCAUCGACAGCCACACCUGGGAGCGCAUGUGGAUGCACGUGGCUAAGGUGCACCCCAAGGGGGGAGAAAUGGUGGGCGCCAUCAGGAACGCCACCUUCUUGGCAAAGCCUUCAGUGCCGCAGGUUCCGAACUACAGGCUGUCGAUGACGAUCCCAGAUUGGCUUCAGGCAAUCCAGACCUACAUGAAGACACUACAGUAUCCUUCCAACCAGGGUCUGGGCGGACCCCACGGGGACGGGCGCGGUGACCUCGAGCCUCCUGGCAGGUUAAUGGAAACAGCGAAAGAAAUGACUCGGGAGUCCUUGCCUAUCAAAUGCCUUGAAGCUGUCAUCCUGGGGAUAUACUUAACCAAUGGACAGCCUUCCAUCGAGCGAUUCCCCAUCAGCUUUAAAACCUACUUCUCAGGAAACUAUUUUCACCAUGUUGUGCUGGGGAUUUACUGCAAUGGCCGCUACGGCUCACUGGGCAUGAGCCGAAGGGCUGAGCUGAUGGACAAGCCGUUGACCUUUCGAACUCUGAGUGACCUCAUCUUUGACUUUGAAGACUCCUACAAGAAAUACCUGCACACAGUCAAGAAGGUCAAGAUUGGGCUGUACGUCCCCCAUGAGCCUCAUAGCUUCCAGCCCAUUGAGUGGAAGCAGCUGGUCCUCAAUGUCUCCAAGAUGUUAAGGGCUGACAUAAGGAAGGAGCUGGAGAAAUACGCCAGGGACAUGAGAAUGAAGAUCCUGAAACCUGCAAGUGCCCAUUCUCCAACCCAAGUGAGAAGCCGGGGGAAAUCCCUGUCCCCCCGAAGGAGACAGGCGAGCCCCCCAAGACGGCUCGGCAGGAGAGACAAGUCCCGAGGCAAGCGACCACGCCUGUGCCCGCAGAGGACAGCUCUUAGACUGCCGCAGUUCAUUACGUAAGGCCAUCAAAUCAUUUCUAAAUGUGUCGGGUGCCAUCAUGAAGCUUGGGAGUGGCCCAGCGCGUGGAAUAUUACCAUAACAGGCAAGAGGCCCAUCCGCGGUGGGGUCCCGGCCCCUUUCUGGGCUGGGAUAAUUUUAGUGGUUUCGUAUCCCUGCCGACCUCUCCCCUACAGCUGCAUCCCUUCGGCCCUGCAUUCCUCUCCGUUUUUGCACUCGUCUGAAUAACCCUUCUGGAAAGGAGGAUCAGUGUCACUGGGUUGACAGAAGAGUCAGCUGGGUGGGAGGGCGAACCGCAAAGCCUGCACUAGGUGUCAGCUCCGGGCAGGGCGUCAAGAGGGAGACAGGGACGCCCCCGCCCUCUACCCCACGAGUCCUUGUCAGCCUCUGCUCCCCUAGGUGUGUUUAAAGCGCCAUCCCCACAGAGCAAAUUGUUUCCUGUGGUUCCAAGAGAGGCAGGGAGACGGAGGUUGAGAUCCAUGUUUUAUAAUUAUUUUUUAAAAUUUAUUUAUUUUUUUUAUCAGUAGCAGCCAGGACGCCCGCCCCUCACCCUGGCUGGAACAAGGGUUAGAAGUAAGGUGGGAGGAGAAGUUGUUAUGGUGAUAGAUCCUGCGGAGGGGCCGGGGGCCGGGCAAGGCUGGUAAACCUCCUGCAAAGCUCAUCCUCCCCCGCUGAGAACAUUUCCACUUAAAAUGCCAGCAGUUCCCCGGUGGCUGCCCGCAUGGACAUGAAAGGGGCUCGUGCUAUUUGGAGUGACCAUGUGGGACAUUCUUCCCCAGUGGGGCAAGAGUCCCUAAGGACCUCUGAGAGAGGCUUUGUUCUCUCUCCGCCCUCUGGCUCCUCUUUCCCGCCUCUGUCCCUCCUCUGCUCUUCUUCGCUGUCGGUGAUUCUCCUCCUCCCUUUUCCUCCCUCUUUGAGUUCCCUUCUUGGUCAUCUGUCUCGGUGCGGACUGUGGCUCUAGGGAGAGUGGCCCACCCUGCUGGAGACCCUCAGGGUCACAGAGGCUACUAAGCCCCAUCUCAAGAUCAGGUCUCCUUUCACAGCUGGCCCCAAGCGGGACCAGGGAGUUCCUGCUCCGUUUUUUUUGUUUUUGUUUUUGUUUUUAAAGAUUUUAUUUAUUUAUUUGAGAGAGAGACAGUGAGAGAGAGCAUGAGCGAGGAGAAGGUCAGAGGGAGAAGCAGACUCCCCAUGGAGCUGAGAGCCCGAUGUGGGACUCGAUCCUGGGACUCCGGGAUCAUGACCUGAGCUGAAGGCAGUCGUCCAACCAACUGAGCCACCCAGGCGUCCCAUCCUGCUCCGUUUUUUAUGAAGUUUCGUAGGGACACCUUCAGGCAGUUGCCCAAGUGAGGCUGUGAAGUGAUAAUGAAGUUCUAGAAAAUCAGUUUGAUUCCAUGGGCUAAUGGUAUUGAACAUAUUCUGAGUGAGGCCCGAGAAGUCAUUCCAUUCCCCUUCCAUCCCGGGUAAGAAAAUGUCCCCAAAGGUAGGAAGGAGACAAUGUCCUUAGCAAGCAAAGGAGAGGGGAGGCACAAAAAAAAAAAAAAAAAAAAAAAAAAAGGCAAGAGAAAAGUAGAUGUUUAGAAUGGUUGUGGAAGGGGGGGGGAGAACUAAGCCAGGAUCCCGGGUGAUGUGGAGUUUCCUGCUAGGAGCCCAAAGGACUCCCCAACUUAGUUCUCCUGGGAUUUCACAGGGUCUGGGGUCACCAGAGAUGCUUGGAGAAGCAGGGUGGGUGAUGAGCUCUAUGAGCAAAGACCUCCUGACCUGAAUGAGCGAAGAGCCUCUUGGGUUUAGACACCUUUGGGAUCCCCAAUGGGUUCUCUGUCAUGGGCAGAAGAGGAGGCUGUGCCCUGGAAUCUCCAACAGUGGCCUGUGGCUCUUGGUCUCUGGCCAGAGCCUCCUACCUUGGAAGGCCUUGAAAGAAGGGGCAGGGCUGGGAGAGUCCCUGCUGAGCCGAAUCUCUUGGGUGGGAGUCCGUCCGCCCUGCACCCGCCAGCAGGAUACCUCCCGUCCUAGGAAUGGUCCUAGGAACCAAGGAAUGUGAGGGAGGAGCAGGUUGGGCUUGGAAUGAGGGUGACAAGUGGGAAGGAACCAGCCCGCCCUCCCGUGGCCCUCCAGCAGAGGCCUACCCAGACAGGACCUAAGUCCUAAACCGGUGCUCAGCCUGACCUGAUCCCUGCCAGACCAGACGAGAGAGGAGGGCUUGAGGUCUCUGCUUGAACUUAUAAAUGCUGGGCCAGCGCCUUCCCUGCCUUAAUCUGUUCCAUACCCUUAACACGGAGGACCAAGCCGUCCAUGUGAGAGUUGCUCCCUUCCUGGGUAUCCCUUUCUAGAAUCCCGAGUCCACAGGGACUAGAGCUAAACUGGUCUUCAUGGGUGUGUCUGCGUGUGAGGGUGAAUGAACCCGAGGGUGCUGCCCACCCUCCGGGGCUGCGACCUUAGGGGAGACAGGAGUAAGAAGUGGGAACAGGAGAGGUGGCUCGUGCUUCCCGAUCAGGCAGCCCCGAAGUGGUCAUAGAUGGGCUACACCCCAGAAGUGUAUCCUACUCAAAUGGGAGAAACAAGAGGCAAAUUUCCAUCAGAAGAAAGGGAAUGGAUUUUGGGUCCAGUGGGAGCAGGAGCUGCUGUUCGUCCUGCUGUAACCCUGAGACCUACAGGGUACUUGGCACACAGUGUUACUUAGUAAAUUCUUGUGGGUGAGUAAGUACCCGGCAAGUUGCAGGAGUCUUUUUCUCCCCUCCUGGCUGCCAGUCAGGCCCCCUGACCUCUGCUCCCCAGCAACUGCUGAGGGGAGAGGGGGCGGGGGUUGAGCGGGGAGGAGAGGAGAUGCCCCAAACUGAGGCCUUAGUCAGAGGGACAGAAAAGGGAUGGCGGGCUUGGGGGAAGCCCUGGAGGCUCUCCUUCUGCGUGACUGCUUCUUUUCUUAAACCCAGCCUCACACAGACACACACCAGCUGAUCCGUUCAUCCCUAGGAUGUGACGUCCCCACUUGGUCCCCAACAUGCUGCCGUGAACUUUCUUGUUCUGAGGCUUUUUGCGGCUUCACGAUGCCAACACAGAAUCUCUCCAAGCUCUUCGUGGACACGGAGGCUGCCUGAGGCUGUGUGCGAGUCUCGAGGGGCCACUCUGCCCGCCUAGGAGGCGGUUCACUGUCCCCGGACUGUUGAGGUUUAGGAGGCAGUGGUGAAUACUACUCAUAUUUUAUGUAUAGAUUUGGUUCAAGGCAAUGAACCACAAACCAAUUUAAUAUAAGAUUGAGACACCCUGAAAAAUUGGAAGUCCCAUAUCUAUUCCCAGCUACCUGGAACAAAAGAUCACAUUGAAAAUAUAGAGUGUGGGGGCUCCUGGCUGGCUCAGUCGGUAUAGUGUGCAACUCUGGAUCUCAGGGUCGUGAGUUCAAGCCCCACAUUGUAGAAUUUACUUAAAACCAAAACCAAAAACCAAAAACAAAAAACCCAGAGUGUGAAUUUCUAGCACGUGUCACAAGGAUGGAAAACUCGGGUUUCUCUGCUAUAGAAAACUUCUCUGUGGAACCACCAUCCUGUCCUCCUCAGCCUACCUCCCGCCGAACAGCCCUUGCUGUAGCUGGAAUGCAGGCCUGAGGUUGGGGUGAAGGGGACACCUAGGACCAGGCCAUCAAGCGGUCCCCCUAAGUCACCCUGGAUACGUUUACAGGACAACAGAUGAGGCCGGGAUUAUCCGUUUGUGUGCUGAGGGAAGCAGCUCUCACGGGAACUUAAAGUCCCCUUCCCUGCUGCUUCUCAAACAGAAGGCUGGCCCAGAGCCCUCAGUAGGAAAAUCCUCGGAGCUCUUUCCCUUGCGUGGACUGGGAGGGGUUUGGAGAAAGAGAGUGUUCAGCCUAAAAUAAUAACCGUGCAUCUGAUGAGAAGUUCUGGGCAAGUGCAGAUCCGGCUGAAUCACCAUCCCGGUGCUUGUGUUUCUUAAAAAUAAAUCCCUUUGUGGAAUUCUAAGUAUAGCCGGGGGAGCCCUUGGAAGAGGUCUCUCCACGCACAGGCUUGCCCAGCUCUGGCCCUGAGCGAGCUGCUGGCCAGGAGGGAGCAGCAUUUCUGGCUGGGUGCACAGGCAGGUGGCCGGCUGAUAACCCACUUCUGCCCUUCGCCAGGCUGGAAGAUUGCAGCCAGCAUCGCUGGGAGAGGAAAGUGUUUCCUCUUUCAGGCAGUUCACCGGGGUUGGGGGGGAUCUCGGUGGAACUCUUUUUUCUGCCUUUUGUUCUUCCCUGGGUUCUGGAUACCUGGGGGGCGGGGGCGGGUGGGCUGCAGAGGAAGGAGACAAUCUAGUCCUUUUCCUUUGGAAGCCCUCCGGUUCUCCGUGCUUUGCCAACCCACUUUAGCUUUUCAAGCAGGCGGGUUCCCUGGGCCACUUUCAGAGGUAAGAUAAAGCCUCCCUGUACAGGAAGAAAAAAAAUUGUUUUUCUUUUCUUCCUACUUGUUAGUUCUUAAAAUGUCAUCAUGGUGACUAGAAUUCCUGGCUUAGGACAUUGUUAAAAAUACCCCAUGAUGAAGGUAACGCAAUGAAGCCCUAUCCGCCGUUUACAUGUUAAUGAGAACUUGACCCAAGUUUAACUGAGAAGUACCGGCAAUUCAACAGGAGGGAUUCAAAGCUGAAUGGACUUGAUCCCUGUCCUCAAUUUGUCUAGUCUCUGAGGCAGGCCAAAGGAUAGGAGCCUGCAGGAGUCUUCAGCAGGUGUGCUGGCCAAUAGGGGCGAGGAGUCAUGCAUUGUGAGGGAAGGAAGUCGGAUACUUCGUGAGAGGAGUGGCCUUUGGGUCGGACUGUGGAGGGAUGACCAGACAUGGGGUUGGGCAUUCCAUGGCAUGGCGCAGAGGCUGGAGUGGUUGUGGGGUCAUCCUUCGAUGCUGGAGGGAUGCUUUGUGCGGGGAGUGGGAGAUGGGGUCCGUUUGCUCCCUGGUUAAGGGCAUGGGCUCUGGAUUCUGGGGUGAGUUCUGGCUCCCCCACUUGCUAAACAUGCAGGUUUGCUUUAAGCAAGUUCCCUUUCAGGGCCUCGAUUUCUUCCUCUGUGAAAUGGGUAGGAAGAGUAUCAGCCCCGUCAGGUUACGGUUGAGACUCCGUUAAUCCCUGGAAACCUCUCAGAGCGAUGCCUGGUGCCUCGUAGGGGCCAGCUAAAUGAAAGGUACUUAUAAUGGUGAUUUCUCAGCACCCGGAAGAUUCCUGCCAGGGUAGGUAAGGGGAGUGACUGGUGCAGGUGCUAAGGAAAGGUUUAGAAAAAAGGAGUUCAGAGACCCCCCCCCAAGUUCAAGUCCAUCUGUUUUCAAGGGAGCCAGUAGUAGACCAAGGGUAAAGAUAAAGGGUGAGGUUUUAAGAACACACUCACUUUGAAGAAUGUGGUGAAAAUUCCGUUUCCUCCGAGCUGAUGGGCUCCAAAGUGAGGGGCUCAGGUGAGUGGGCAAAAAAUGGCUUCUGUGGAGGCCACAUCCCAGGACUGAGCGGCCAGGUUUGUCCUCCUCUCCAGCCCCGGGACCCUGCAGCCCAUCCCGCCGCUGACCUCCCAGCCCAGGACUGAGGGACUGAGGGAGAGAAAAUAGGUCGGCACGGAUCUACUCCACCACCCGGGAAACCAUGCUGGGCUCGUGUCUUACUAGCGCUGUUCUCACAGAGGGAGGGCAGCACAGUGACUAGAGUUUCAGAGAAGGAGAAGUGGGACUCUGUUGAGAGAGGGGCCGGGUCGGGAAGGAAGGUGCAGGAACUGGGGUGAGCUUACAGGUGCGUGCUGUGGAGGAUGCUGGAAUGGGCAGCCACCGUCCAGGAGUGGCUUACUCUUGACAGACAAGGGGAGGUGUGAAGAGCCACCAUGGCGUUGGUCCCGUGCAGGGCCCCGGGGGGAGGAAGACAGACUCUCAUAAGUGAGUCUUUGGAUUUGGGGUAGGGUAUGGCUACUUCUAAGUGGAAUCUAGAGAACUUCUAGGAACACGUGCUCACUCCCCAGGCGAAACUCCCUCAGGCCCACUCAACACCCACCAUGACUGGCAUCGGAGCUGGCGUUGUAUUAGUGAGUUAACAGACGGACGUGAUCCCGGUCAGGAUCAGGUUUGGUGGAGGGUAAGAUUGGGGGGGGAGGCUAGGACUUGGCUGGGACUCACCAGGAUGGGAAAGUGGCUCAAAAGAGACAGUAUGGGGCGUCUUACUGCUCCGCUUCUUCAGUGUCCCACCUUGGGGGCCACGGUCCAACCAUCACUUCCACAAGACAGAAGAGAGAGCAGGAGAACCCAGGAAGGGCACAUGCUCGUUGUCUUUGGAAGAGCUGUCUGGUAAACCUCCAUGUCAAUCUCGGUGGUUACAAUUUAGUCUGAUGCUUGGCCGGCUUCAAAGAAGCUGGGAGACGUGGUUUGUGUUUUUGAUAGCUCUGGGCCCAGCUGAAAAUCGGUUUUUUUUUACUAAGACAGAAGGGGAGAGUGGAUGUGGAGGGCCACGUAACAGACUGCCCCACAGAGAUCAUUAAAAACAUCAGAUAAAGGAAAAAAACAUUCACUACAAAUUUAAUUUGUUUGGAUAAGGAGUAUGUAUAUGGUCAUGCAGCUCUACCACCAGGAAAGGUAGUGUGGAAACUAUAUUU